AUGGCGCGAGGAUCCUACAAGUUCCCAGGUGUUAGGAAUUUUGUAGGACAGAGAACAGGUGACCUUGGUAGACCCAUUAUCCCAUGGUGGACCCAUGAUCCCAUGGUGGACGCAUUAUCCUAUGGUGGACCCAUGGCUUGUUCAAAGAGGGAUACCUCUGAGGCCGAGAGGCCACCAAGAGAUGGGCUGUGGGUGGGCUCAGACAGCAAGGAUGCCUCUGUUGAAGAGAACGGAGUGGGUGGCAGGGCCUUGGGUGUGGCUGGGGCCCUGCCAGCCGAGGCUGGGAACUCUAGCUGCAGCAAGGGGAGAAGCCUCAAUUCUGUGAAGGAUCCAGGGUAUUCUAUGGAGGCUAAUGAGCGAAGCCUUACCCAAGCCAGACAGCGGCGGCGCAGAUCCAGCCAAAAGGCCCUGGGGCCCCGGCGUUUGUGUGUUUCGGGCGCUCGGUUACCAUGGGAACGGCGUCCCGAGUUCGCAGCGCCGCCUGGAGUUCCCAGCCUGUGCGCCUCCUCCUCUUCCCUGCCCCAGCCUCUCCGCUCCAGGAGGAAGUGCUUGGGCCAAGCGGCAGUGGCUGGCCAGAAAGUUUUCCUCAUUAUUUGCACCAGGGUCCCCUGGGUCAGGUGCCCCCCAAAGGGAACCGGUGGACCGCAGACUGCCGGUGUUUGCAGCCCGCUAGCGCCCGCGCUCCUGCCCCUCCCGGGUAGAGGAGGGUCGGCAAAGACUGGCAAAACGUCAACCCCGCCACCAAACGAUCUACCCUGGAGAAUAAGUGCAAUCAAAGAGCUCACUCUUGCCAAAGGCAAACCUGAAACAUUGCUGAGAGAGACAAAGGUCUGUGUAAACUGCUCAUUCCGCCAGCUUCAGGAAGCUCUAUUCUCAUUCCAAGUUAGAAUCCCAACGGCAAGAUGUUUUAGGGCAUUCGCUAUACUAAUUUGGCUGUUUCCAGAAAUACCUUCACUUAGCUGUGAUGUGAAAAGUAUGACCUUGAUUUUAAUCACAGACUGAAAGAAAA